AGUGAACGUCGGCCGUCGACGUCUCUACUGUACUGCACGCACGUCCGGUCCACGUUAUUACGCGCGAACGGAACGGUGGUUUUUUUUUUUUAUUAAUUUUUUUAAAUUUUUUUUUUUUUAAUAAACCUUUCCUUUUUAUAUUGUUAUCAUUGAUAUCGCCGGAGAAUCGUAUUGUUAACGUUUUUCUCCGUCCACGUAACCCUAUCGAGAGAUAACGAUAGUCGACCGCCGCCGCCGCCGCUCACUCGGUAAGUGAUAGCGUAACGAUAGCGCCGUCGCGAAAAUGAAUCGCGCCCGUCGUCGUUUGAAAUCGUUUAAAAGUUAACUAUAAAUCGUCCACCGACGACGCUGGCGUCCGUGCAUGUGCCUGACAUCGUACGGGGUUACGUUUAAUUGCGACGGCAGCGCGCACCGAGGUGCGUGCGCCGUUCGACGAACCGCCGCCGUCGCUGCCGCUUUCCAUUCAGGAGGCGGAGGAGGUCGACGACGACGACGGACGAAAAGCACCGCAGACAUGCCGCCGCCGCCGCCGGCGUUGACGCCGCUGACGCCGACGACGACGACGAUGACGGCGAUGAUGACGGGCGACACGGUGAAGACGACGUCGACGACGCUGAAGACGCAGACGACGACGCAGCAACAACAGCAGCAGCAGCAGCACCACCACCAGACGAUAUUAAUGAUGUCCACGGAUUCGUGACGACGCCGUCGUGCCCGGGGUGAGUGGGUUUUUCCGUAUCUAUAGCGUGUAGGCAGACAGAGACGCGCACUUUCGGCGGCCGGUGAGAGGCGGACGCCCGCCCCGCCGUCGGACAGGUAGACCCGUUCGGGUACGCGCAUUCUUGAACGUCCGGACGCGACGGCAAUGGCGCAGACAGGUAUUUCGGCGUAAGACCAGAAGCCGUACAAUAUGGCCACGGCAACAAAGACCGUUGUGCGCCGUGUGCCGCCGCCGCCGCCGCGAACUUUAACCGCGUACCUCGCCGAGCCCGUCGCCGUCGCGCGCGCCCCGACAGUUUCGCGUCGCCGCCGUCCGGCCCCGCUAAUCGCCCGCGAUCCGCGACGUCGAUUGUUUCGUUUCCGUCCGUUCAAUGACGACCGUUAACGUCCACCCACCGAAUCGUAAAAACAUUCGCGUUGUUAGCCGGUGUUAUUGUCCGCCGUCGGCACUUUCGGGCGGAAACAUUAUUUAUUUGUUUUUGUUUUUUCUCAUCCGUUUUGGCAGUAAAACUUUGCACUGAGCAUUGCCAAUUAAAACUUUAAUUUCAGACGUUCGAAACGACGCGCGUUUUCAGUUGGGCAGAUUUUAGUUUCGGUUAACGCCGCGCAAUAAUAUUACAGACGCUCAUCAUUUAUUGCCGCCCGUGUACGUACCCGCCCGUGCGCCAUAAUAUUAUUGAUGUUGACAAUUUUUAAUUAAAAAAAUCAUUCGUGUCGACCGUGUGAAACGCACAAAUGAAAAAUAAAACAUUCUAAAUUUCCCGAACAAAACGUUCCGUUUCGCGUCCGCCCGACAAUGCUGUCAUUCCCCAGACGAUAAUUGGCCCAAUGGUGGGUACCCAAUUGGUUUUUACGCGCCUAGUGGGGCACGCCUACAGUUUCAGUGUCCGAGUAGUGUACUCGGACGGGCGACCAGUGGCGUAACUCCCGAGCUUCUGAGGCGGCCGUGGCAACGUGUAAUGUGUUGAACAAAAACGGAAAGGCCACCGCUCGGGCCCUGGUCCGGGCCACUGCUAGGGACCUCAUCGAUUAAUAAGUGGACCCGUGGCGUUUGCCCGCCCGGUAUUUUUACACCACCGCGGUUUCGAAAAUAUAUUAUUCUGAGGGGGGGGGGGUUCACGAGAAUAUAUUUUUGAAAUUUGUUUUCGUUUCUAUGUAUUGCGCGCCCGUGCGAAAUUCCGAUUGGAACUCGGUCGGCUGUGCGGAAUUUCCCGUGCGGCAGAUCCGUCUGCGGGGUCGGCAAAUUUUUUUUUUAUGUUUAUUUUUUUUCCGCCUUCGGAUGGGUGUCCGGCCGUUUUCACGGGAAGCGCCGCGGUACCCGUCCGUUAUGACGAGAACCGGUCCGGCGGUUCCCAAACUUUCCUCUCUCCCUGCCCCCCCCCCCACAUGCCCCGCGGUUGGCCUUUUUUCCGCGCCGAAUUCGGCCACGGUGCCGUCCCGCGCGAGGAAUAUACGUGAAAAACCAGAGGAUAAGUCCCCCGUGGAAACAAACCGGUGUGCAAAACAUGUUUGGCAAAUCUCACGGGACGUAGAUGGAUAGAUUUUGUUGUUGUUUCGUAACAAUUACGAUUUAACGAGAACAACAAUAGUAAAAAAACGAAAAAAAUUCGUCCCCGAAAGCCCGGGCUUGUUGGUGGGGGGUGUGGAGACAAGAGUUCGUGUUUCUUAUAAAAUUGUAUCCACUUAUCGUCACCGUUUACGAACAUUCGGCAAUCCCGUAGCAAAUCCUGGCAGUCUACGGGAAAAUAAAGGUAUUAAGGAAUCUCGCGUGCACGCGAUUGAUUAGCGAUUUAUCUUCUGUAAAAAAAAAAAAAAAAAACCACGCUAAUUAUUCUCGUCGGCAGUCGGUUUUCGCCAUUUUACCGAACGUAACACAAUAUAAAUCCAUUCUGAGCAAUGCGCAGAGGCGCCGGGUUUUGGAAAUGUCGCGGCGAGUGGACGGGGGUGUCACUAUUUUCAAAACACGCGCACCCGCAGUUUUACCCAAAUCCCGCCGUACAUAUCUCAUUUUUAUUUUCCCCGAAUUGUCCGUCUCGAACAAUCACUAAAAUUUAGUUUGUUUCGUAUGUUAUGGCAUUUUUAAUUGUAUUCGAAUUCGCGAGACGAAUAUUAAUUAAAAAAAAAAAAAAAAACGCCACAGACACCGGUUAACCAAAAAACCAAAAUCCACGCUGCCUAUCUUCCUCGAUUAAUUUGUCGUAAACAAAAUUAGUAUUUCGAACACGUAAACACUACCACCGUUACGGAUAUUAAAUAUCUCUCUUUUUUUUUUUUAUAUAUAUUUAUAUAUUUAAAAAAUUACUAUCUAUACAAAAUAGGUAACGUCAAUAAUUUACAGAGAAACGACAUUAAUAAAAGCGCGAAAAGGAAAUCGCACAUUUGCGACAGAUCGUGAUAUUUUUAGACUAUUAGUUCUUGGGUUUUCGGGUCCCGGCGCCAAUUUCUUUUGAGGCGUCUGUUAGGGUUUCCAGGAAGUGUCAGUGAAGCUGACUCGCUGAUUGGCCGGUUUGGAAUAUCUAGUAGUCGGCCGCGGAAGCGUUCGUAGUAGGUAGCAGCAGUUUCGUUUACGGAAGGGAAUUCAGGGUCUCGUUUGAGACGAACCAAGGUGAUUAGCCAGUGAUUAGCCGCAGACAAAUGUUUCGGAAUGCUCGUACGGUACUCGUGUUUGGGUUCUCGGCAGAGCCCCAGAUUACUAUACCGUACGUCCAUGCUGGUCGAAGAAGAGUUUUGUACAAGAUGACUUUGAUGGUUGUACGGUUAGGUCGGACCGAACGAGUGGCUUAAACAUACGGGGUGUGGAGUUGAGUUUCUGGCGCUUCGCUUCGGGACGAAGAGACCGGGCCGAGCGCCCGUCAAAAGUAUGACCGAGGUAUUCGAUUUCGUUCGGGUGAGGAGGAAUGAUGAUGUGUUGUCGACGGACGCGGCCGGGCAGUUAUGAGGUCUGAGCGAGAAGGCGACCGCGGAGGACUUUGAAUCGUUGGUUUUGAUUUUCCAGUUGGUGAACCGUCGUGAAAGAGUAUUCAGGUGAUUCGUGACGCAACGGUGCGCGGUCGGAAGGGGCUGGCAAUUAAGCGGCACCAUCAGCGUAUGUUCCGACUAUGGUAUUUUCAGUGGUCGGGCAGGCCCGACGCAUGCACGGCGUACAGGAAUGAAGCCGUGUCACUGCUGUGGCGAACGUUAAACGAGCGAUUUUCAAGACGGCAUUUAAGCAUUAUGUGUAAAAGAGCUGGAAAUGUAUUUUUAAGUUUGAAGACGGGACCUACGCGUCAGACGGUGCCAGAAGGCUUUCGCGACGUCCGAAAAAACCGGGGUGCGGUAUUUGUUUGGUGUCGAUGUGCCGGCGAGAUGGAUGUCCGCGACCCGGCGAAGUUGACGGUGAGUUGUGACAUGGAUCCGAAGCGUAAGCCGAACUGAAAGUUCGGGAUGCCGUUUUUUUGCUCGGGCUACAGUGGCGGUACGCUGGAGAACGAUUUUUUUACGAUAACCGGUGUUGAAUAUCUACAGUCCCGAAGAUCACCCCCCCCUCCCUCUCCCCUCCCCCGGGGCGCGCGCCCCUAUACGCGGCGCCCCCGCAGCGAGCGCACACCCCCGGACGUGAUGACGGAAUUUUUUUUUCUCCUGUGUUUUCCGCGAGAUCCAAUUCGUAAUUCACGACAGUUCGCAACGGACGGUCCGUCAGAUUUGGAAACCGCGCGAUAACGCCAACGCCUCCCGGGGGGUUCCCGCAACAGUACGAUUAUUGUCGAUUGCCAUUUGCCGUUUGGACCGUUUGUACGGCUAGUCGGGACGGCGAUUCGCCCCGAACGGAGAUCGUCCAAGCAGAGCCGGUCGUUCGGCCGCCGGUUUCUUCCGCGCCGUCCGGUCAACGUGCGGCGGAGGCGCCGCGCGCGCGCGCGUUCGCUUGCCGGCCGUGUCUUUCCGUUACCGGUUCGGUUCACACGGAUUCGUUGCUGAUGGCACUCGGAUUGUUUUUUUUUUUUUUGGCGCCGAUUUUUUCCAACCGCCGGUCGUCAGUGGCCCGUCCGUCUCGCCGGGGUCGAUCAAUGCCGUCUCGUCGUCCCGCGGCGUUGCCGUGCCCGUGAAUUAUUCACGGAUAGUAAAGAAACGGACAACCCCCAACCCAAACAAUGCCGUCGACUCGCUUGCAGAGCCGACGUUCGCGGACGGGCGGUAAACCUGCGCGAUUCGUCGCUGUAAUAAUAUCGACGAAACGCCACGUUUUUAUUGAAACAGUACACCAGUAGUAUCCGUGCCACUUUUGAGGCCGAUACGAACGGCUUGUUCGUAUCGUUAUAUUAUCUAUGGAAACAUUACCGUGGAAUCGCCGAGCCACGUUAUCGUUUCGAUUCGAUUCGGUUGCGAUUCCGGCUAUUAUCGUAUCCGUAUUACAAUGUCGCAUAACAACCAGUGGCGCCGCAACCAGAACUUCCGACGCCCGUGGCGAAAUGUUGUAUCGAGGCCCCGAAAAGCCGAACCGAUUAAAACGCGGGCCGUCGCGAUUGUUGAGCAUCCCUUAAAAAAAAAUUCGCACGUUUACCGCGCGGUCGUAGCGUGAGACGUCAUAAUAUCGUGCGAUCAAAAUCCUUAUCGAGUGCGACCGGAUCCGAACAAAUAAAUGUGUACGCACAGACGCGAUGCCAAAGUACCUUGUCAGUUGUCAUGUAAUCUACAUUUUCCAAGUAUAGACAGACUAUGCACAUUUUAUUCCGAAAAGUCUCAUUCGAGUGUAUCUCCUGUUUAAUCAUAGUCUCAGUACGUUAAACACUCGUAUUUUAAUGUAACACGAGCGUUUAAACGUGUAUUAAGCGUGUUUUUUUAAUAAACUGUACAAUUAAAUAUUGUUUUGGAUCCGAACAAUUAAAUUGUUACUGAUAACAGUCUGAUAUGGAGUGCAUGGCAUACCCUAUAAGCACUAACCGAACGUAUUGCCUGCACGCGGUGUUAUUUCCCUUCGGUGUAAUCCAGUGGUGCGUAACCUGGGGGUAGCGACCCCUAAUAACAAUAAUAAUAAUUUUAGCAGUUUGUUUUUAUUUUAGAUAUUAUAAAACUCUAAUUUUGUGUUUUUUUUUUUUUUUAAUGUUUUGGAUUGAUUAAAUUAAAGAAACAUUAAAAUUGCCCAAAAUUAUCGAUUUAAUUCAUUUUUAUACAAUUUUUCUAUACAUUAAGUAAGUAUACAUUAUGCACUUACAUAACUUCGGUAGGAAGAGGGAGCCGUAUCAUCAAAAUAAAUCAUUUUGGGUGGGGGUCGUGGAUCAAAAAGGUUGUGCACCACUGGUGUAAUCCACCGCCGCCAACCACUCGGGGAGGCUAAAAUUUUAGACAGACCCCUUCCCUCACAAUCCCCUUUACACGAUACUUUUAAUAAGCGACUACGUGUUUUAUUUACGAUUUAUAUACAAAAAUGUAUAAGGUACCUGUGUAACUUUUAGAUUUUGAAGUGAAACGAAGAAUGUAUUACAGUGUUUAUUUAUUUUUUUUUUUUUUUAUGUGAACACUUUUUCUACUAGAAAGCACACUCCGAUUAUCAAGUACAGCGCAUUUUCUGAAAGGAAAUGUUCUCUGGGUGGUACUCUUUAAUGAAGUCAUUUUUUGGAAUUCUCAUUAAUAUUCGAGAUAAUGAAGGUUGGGUUAGGAUAAUGAAGGAUGGGUCUUAAGAUUGAAAAACAUUGCAAGAUCAAAAAUAAGGUUGUGUAAUUGGCAACCGUUUUUAUUUAUUUUUUUGUUAUUAUUGAGUUUUUAAAAAAUCUUUUUUAAACAAUUUUUGUUGUUAUCAUUGUUGUCACGGAAACGCACAUUGUUGUAUUCAUUUUACCAUAAUAUGACACAUUAUAUAUUGUUGACAAAGCAACACUAUUAACUGAACUCCGCUCAGAAUCGUUUUUUUCGCUGGCACUGAUGGUUUAUCGUUGCUUACAGAUGGUAUUCGUUAAACUCCCGUCUGUACCCUAUCUUCCCAACUUCCCACCUACACAAAGUGGCUGCACACUCACGCGCGAAGUAUGUCCAUUUUUAACUUAAUUUUUUGUACACGCGCGCAUUGUCUGUAUAUUAUUGGCAAUUCGUAUUUUGUUUUAUCAACAUAAUUGUGAAAUAAUUAUUUAAUCUCUGUACUAGUGGUUUUUUUAACCUGUGCGUCGCGGUUUAGUAUCAAGGAAGCCGCGUCUAUAUAGUAAACAUUACAGUAGAGUUAUAAAUACGGCAAAUUUAUUAUUUGUACGGAGCCGAUAAUUCUGAUUUCGAAAUCGGAAGAGCCGUCGAAAAGAGCCCGAAAAAGGUCGGAAACCGCCCCGGUCCAUACUAUAUAAAACUACCGAAUUCGAGAAUUUGUUUUCGCCCCCCCUCCCGGGUAUUAAAGACCUUCUAAAACUCUGCCACCUAUUUUAGUCUCGUGUAACGAUAACGGUCGGGAAUCAGUAGCGGAUCCAGAAGUCAUCCGAGAGGAGGAAAGGGAACGAAUUUUCAUUUUUUUUUUCGGUUGAACGAUUUCCGGCGAUACGCAAUCAGAACAAUAAGAAUCGUAUAAAAAUUAAAAACGAGUCUGAAAUUUAAAAAUGACCAAUUAUUAUUUAUUUAGAAAUCACGGGACAAAGUAAAUUUGUCUAUUUUUGCGUAAAACAUAUUUUUAUAAGUACUUUUCGUUAGUGAUAAUUUUAAAAAAUACAUGGGGGGGGGCGGUGGGGGUGAUCGCCCCCCGCGCGGUUCCGCGAUUGUCGGGAAUCGACGACGCCGCCAUUUCGAUCGUCGCGCUUUUGUGUUUCCCGCCGGAAGUGCGUGUUUGCCCCUAUCCGAGUACACCUGCCCGUAUCCGUGUUCCGCGACGUACCCACGUCGUAGGUUACCUAGGUUACCGCAGGUACCUACUUAAUAAUAUUAUUAUUCGUCUACGUUUCGCUUUUCAAAACGAAUCUCGCUCCCCCCCCCCAUCCAUACCGUUAACGGUAUUUCGUGCGAUAUUCUCGUCGAUAAACGCGUCCUGAGAUAAAGAUCCGUUGAUAAUGUCGAUAGACGAUGGUAAAACGGAAAACGACAAUGUCCGUUAUUCGAAUACUUCGUUCGCCGUACAGUGAUGAUAAUAUUAUUUCACGAACAUUUUAAUAUUAUUGAUGUACACUAUCGAAUAGUUACUAUCGAACUAUACGAUAUUUUUCCCGAAUAUAUGUGUUCGGUCACAGGAAAAUAUAUUCGAAUGAAAUAUUCGAUAGUUCGCCAAAACUAUCGAUAGUAUAAACUAUUUUGAUAGUGUCCGUCAGCAAGGACCGGACAGUAUCUACGAUACGUAUUAGUAUACUGUCUUAAAUACAUUUGUAUCUUUUGAAGUUAAUAUAUUGUAUGCAGUAUCUUCAUACCUUUUUGUGGUGUAUCUUGUAUCUUUCUUUUUUUUCUUUUUUUUUUGUAAUGAUUCUAGGUACAAACCAUGAUUCGUUUAUUUGUUCAUUCUAAUGUUAUUUACAUAAUAAUCACAUUACAUUACAACUGUUACAUUUUUGAUAUUAUAUUUUCAGGUAUUAAUAUUUUGUUAAAUAAUAAUAAUAUAAUUUUUGAUAUUUUGUUUAAUUAAUAAUAAUAAUAAUAACAAUAGAGGAUUUUUUUUUCACAAUAUGUGUAAUAUGUUUUUAAUUUUUUAUAUCAUUAAAAGCAAGGUUAAAACCUGACAUCAUGGGCGAACAUACUAUAAGUUUUUUUUUUUUUAUUAUUAUUAAUGUACCUUAUAUCUUAGACACAGUAUUUAGUAUCUAGUAUCUUGAGACUUUUGUUCAAGUAUCUUGCCCAUCCCUGCCCGUUGGUAAUUAUAAUAGGCACAGUGUACCCGUGGUUGUAGUGUAUAUUAUUCAACACGUAUUAAAUACUGUACUUAUUAUUUUUUUAGUGAAAUGUUUUCUGAUCUAAAUGAACGGUAAUACACAACGUACAAAUAUAAUGCAGUACCUAUACGCACAUUUCAACUUUCACUCGUUGGUAUAAUAUUAUAAGCCGGCACAUUCGUUUUUUUUUUUUUUUUCGGCCCGAUGCUACCCGCUUAAAAAUAUAAUUAAUCGUACAUUUAUGUUUGUGUCGGUUGCGUAAUUAUUUUUAAAUACGAUUUUUUAUGAAACAAAAAAAAAAAAAUCAAAACAAUGGUUAUUAUUGAUAAUUUAUAAUUAUUAUGUUCACAGUUUGAUUAAAUAAUAUUAUAUCACAGUAUCAAUAAUUAUUCUUACUUUUGAACAAAAUCGAACGCGACAGAAAAAUUAAUAGGUAGUAAUUUACAUUUUCGUCGUUUUGAAAGCGAAAAAUAAGAAAUUUAAUCGUAUAACAUGUUCAAAUAUUUUGAUACCGCUAUCUAGUGUUCAAAGUAAUAACUAUUCGAUUUAUACAAUAUUAUUAUACUCUCCUAUAUUAUGCCCCAUGUUUUAUCGUGACCACCUCUCCCCGACUGUUUUUGCAUUAAUGUGUAACCUUAUAGAUUUUAUACGGUAGGUACAUAAUAUUAUAUUUUGAGUGACACAAAUAGAUAAUUAGGUAGGAAAACUACCGACAUUUAUGAAUCUAAUAUAAAAACAAUAUAAUAUUUACAAUUAAAAAUAUAAGAAUAAAAAAUUACUUAAGUAACUAAAACGGUUUUAAAUUUACUUGAUAUCUACUACCCAUUGCUAUUCAUCUUUUUUAUUCAGCAGUAUAGCAAUACAUUUUUAUGAGUGGUGUCACCGUUAAAUGUUAAUGUUAUUAUAAUAUUUAUGUGAAAAUGAUAUUUUUAUAUUGUUGGAAUAAAUAAUUAAUAAGAAAAUAUAGUUUAAUUUUUAAAACAAUAUAAACAAGUUUUAUUUUUAUUAUUUGCCUGACUUGAUAUGGGCAUUUAACUAAAUGUCCUGUCUCAAUUAAAAUUGUGUAAAAAUUAAAUUUUUUAACUAUUUGCCUAGGCAUUUAGUAAAAUGCCCGAUUUUAAUAUAUGCCUAUGACAUAUGCACAUAUAUUUUGUUGAAAUUUUAAUUUUUUUUAUGCUUACUCAAUAUAUUUAUUUAUUUUUGAAGUCAUAAAUUAUUUUAUAGAAUCUUAAAAAAUUAAAUUUCAUCAAUUAUCUUUCUAAAUAUUUCAAUUUUAACCUCUUUUCAUAAGUAUAUAUCCCUGUUUAUAAAAAAAAUUGGAAAAAUAUUUGUUUCAUAAUAUUAUGUUUAUAAUAAAGGUAUUAUAGACACUUGUAAAAAAAAAAAAAUAAUGCAAAUUAUACCUUAUAAAACAAUUGUCAACAAUUUUGAUAAUAUCAAGAAUAAUUUUGAUACAAGUUCUCAUUUCUAGACCUAGUUUGACUUCCCAUUACUAUAAUACAAUAGUAAAGAUAGCAUUGCAUAUUAUUAUAUAUUUUACAUUAUAUUAUGUAAAAAAUGUUCAAUAUUUUUUGCUAUGAAAUUGACCUCGAAUACCUCAUACCUAGUAUUUAUACAUUUUUUUAUAACCUAAAAACUUGAAACCAAUAACGUGUUAAAAAGGUGAUUUUGAAUUAUUAAAUAUUUCUUAAAUUUGUUUAUCACACGGCAGGAUAUAACAAAGCCAUCUAUUGGAUAUUUGUUUACCAAUUAGUAUUAAUCGAGACCCAUUGGGCUUGGCACAUAGACUGUUAUUUUAGGUUUAACUCGAUUUUUCAUUUUUUGGUACUUAGCUCAUUAUUUAUUUCAAAUCUUCACCUGUAAACAUUUCUGCACUACUAUGUUAGUAUUACACUAGUUGAUAUGAUACAUGAAGUAUUUUUGUUAACUAUUUUUUGUAUUUGAUUUAUAGGUAGAAAUAAUUUUCUACUAAUAAAUGUGUAUCUAGGCAUACACCAUAUUUUACAAUAUUAGUACCUAUAUAUUUUUGCUUAUAAGUGCCAUAUUAUAAUCUAUAUUCAUAUUAAUUUAAUUAUUUGUCUUUUCUGUUCUAGAAUUUUGAAUUGGAACCGGGAAGAUGGAAGAACAGGAAACUAUGAACAAAACAUUGCCUCUAGCUAAAAAGCAGAAAAUUAAUGAAAAUGAAUAUCGUUUAGUAGACUUAAACGUAGAUACUAUAAGUCUUAACUUAACGAAACAUUGUCUAUGCCAAUUACCUGAAACAUGUAUGUUGAAAGAAGUCUUCAGGGUCAAAAACGUUAGUAGUUGGACUCGAGAACGGCUACUAAAUUUUUUGAGUUCUGCUCGCUUAACCUGUGACAUUGCUCUCAAACAAUUAUCUGAAGGCACUAUAUGUACUAGUGUUGAGCGCUUAAGUAAUUACUUGAUUGCUAAUAAAACUGGUAUUGUAAACGAAAUUGUUUCUUUACUUACACGAACAGAUCCUUACAUAUCAUACGCAGCUAGUAAUGCUUUGGCAGAAAUUUUUGUGUGUUCACAAAAUAAACUAGACAAUGUUUGGGUGGUAGAGCUAACUGAUUUAUUUCUCCGCCGGUCACCAGAGACUUUAUGUCCUGUUAUAGCAGUCUUUAAACGCGUUUUAUGUUGGAGAGAUGCACAAAUGAUUGAUUCAGAAAAAAAUAUCAAGAUGCCUGAAAAUUGUGUUAGUAGGAAGGUAAUUUUUGAAGAUGAAGAAAUCGAGAUGGAUGACGAAUUUGGAAUUAGUUUAGUUAAAACCAAAGUUAUUGAAGUCUUACAAACUCAGUGGCAAAUGAUCGUAUUAAAAUUUAUUAGAUACAUGUCAUCUUUUGAUCAUUGUACAGAUUUGAAUAAUAGUGAUGAACCAUUCAAUCAUAAAAUGGGUCAUCUUGCCAUAGUAGAAUUUAUCAAAUUGUGGACUUCAAUGGUUUCUAUAAAAACUAAUCUAAAUGUUAUGAACAUAAAAUACUUUUAUGCAGACUUAGGACAAAUGCUUAUUCUUUUGAGGCGUCCAAAAGUUCAGCCUGUUGUUUGGAAGAAUAUAAUAAACCUUUUUAACGAAAGUUUGUGUUACACGACUACUUUAGCUGUACAAGGCACAAUGCAAGAGGAACCUUGUAUGUUGGCUAGAGAAUUGGUUAAAGUUGUAAAAACCAAAAAUAUGUUGAAUAACAUGCCAUUCCGAAAAGGUUCUGGAGAAUAUGGCGGCGGAGAAGAAGAUGAUGGUGAUAAAAAAUUAUUACAAGACACUGUUUUACUAAUUUUGAAAGCAGUGGCAACCAUCAUUAAAGAAACGAGAAAUGAAUCUUCAUCCAGCGAUUCUUCAGCAGACGAAUCCGAAGAUUCUGAAGAGGUAGAUGCGGAAAUGGCAAUAAUUGAAAGUAGUGUUAAUGAUGUUUUACGGAAGUUGGACUCGUGUGUUAAGAAGUGUAUGUCCUACCUUCCAGAAACUCCAAUUGCCCAGUGGAUUGUUCAGUUAUUUUCUGAUCGUAAUGACAUACUCAUUGAAAGUAUGAUAUGUACUAUUGAUAUUUCACUGGUAUUGUGCUAUCGACGUAAUUCAAUACCAAUGUUGCGACAUGUGCUUAAUCCCACUGCUAGUUUAGUUGAAUUUUUACAAACAUUAUCUUAUAAUAAUGAUAAUGUUAAUGAAUUGAUAUUAGAUUUAUUAUUAGGUAGUGACACUAGUUUUUUGUUGUAUAUAAUGCGAAUAUUAAAGUUUAUAGGUAACAGAUGGUCAGAGUUUUGUCUUUGUUGCGAUACAAAGUUACAAAGCACUAUGACCACUCUGAGUAACUUACAGACCAGUCUUGACCAACUCAUUAAAAACGAUUUAACACCAUACAAUCUCAAUCCAGUGUUGCGAUUGCUAGUUAAAUGCAGUACAUUGUAUACUGGUGUAGAAGUAAUAAAUGUAUAAAUUUGUUUACAUUAUUUUAUCUUAAAUAGUACUUUACCAACUUGUAAAAAUAUUGUAAACAUCGUGAUUUUAUUCAAUUGUAAAUUUACCUAGUAAAAUGUGUCCAGUGUAUACAAAAUCAAUCCCCCUCAAGCUCAAACAAAUGUAUAAACUUGUAAAUUGUUGUAGUUAGAUAAUCAAAUUAAUCUGUGACCUCAAUAAAACCAAUAAAAAUACAAUAUUGGAAUGCUAUUAGUUACCAAUUUUGUAUUUAAAUAAUAUGUACAUUUCAUUUAUGUUCAAAUGGCAUGUUAUAUAUUAAUAGAGCUUAAUAAAAACUAGUGUCUUAUUGUUACUAAAGUUUGUUAUGUAAUCAAAUAAUGCCUGUAGACUAUUUAUUUAUUUAUUUCAAUAUAUUUGAAUGGUUUUUGUUUAUAUAUGUAAUUAAAUUCUAAAUAUAUUAUUUUUUUAAUUAAUUUCGGUUGUGAAUAAAAAAAACACUUUGAUGUAUAGAUGUAUGUUAAGUAUUUCAAUGUAAAUUAGAACUUCAAUAAUUAGUAUUGUAUAGAACAAAAUUAAUAUAAACUCAAAGACUGAUAAAUAGAAACUAUUAAUAAUAUAAAUUAGGUUCUAUUAGAAUAAGAAUUUUAGCCAAGUUGCCAUUGAAAAAUAAAAUUUAUUAGUGUAUUUAUUUAUAAUUUUUAGUUAAAUGUUUACUAAUUUCAUGAUUACUUGUGCAUUUACAAUUUUCUUGUUUUUUUUUUUUUUUUUAAUUAAUUAAUUGUGAAUUAUUUGAAUUAAUUUUUAGUUAUCAAAACAUUGUAAUUAGUUUUAUUGAAUGUCUAUUUAUUAAUCUUCUUUUAAAUCUGUUUUAUACUAUUAUACUUUUAUUUUUUUUUUAUUUUUCGUGUCUUCUUUAUAACUUUAUAAUAAUUGCAUAUCAAUAAUUAUUAGUACAUCUACCUAUAUUUUAUAUUUUAAUUUGUAUGCAAUUAUUUAAGUAUUAUACCAAUGUGUGAUAGUUAAUAUAUUGAAAUUGGUUUGUUUUAUAAAGAUUUAGAAAAUUUACAUCUAAUUUACAAAAUAACAUUUGAAAUAUAAGCAUUUUAUUUUUAUAUAAAAAUGAAUAUAUAGAUUUUUUUUCAAUUUAAUUUUUGGAUGAACUACUAUUUUUAUUAGUGUUUUCUGGAUCAAAUAUGUAAAAUCUGUUAUAGAAUAAAUAAACAUUGUUACCAGUUUUCAAUUUAUAAUUAUACAUAAUAUAAAAAUAUACCUAUUUCAAAUAAAUAUUACACAAAAAAAAUUGUCUUAGUAAUGCUAAUAUUAUUAAACAAGUAAUUGUCAAUACAAAAUAUUUAAUGAGAUAUAUUGAUUAUACAAGUACCAAAUAAUAUUUUAAAAUUGGUAUAAUACUGAAAUUUAUUAGUAAUGACUAAUGUUUAUAAGCAUGAGUUAUUAUUGUAUGUAUUUUUAACAGACUAUAUUUUCAUUCACCAACAUGUAUUUUUAUAUUAUUUAUUUAUUCACGAACUAUUUUCAAAUUCUGUAUUGUAUUCUAUACCUAUAUCAGUAAAUAUCUAUGUUUUCAUGAAUUAUUCAUUGGUACCUAUUAAAAUUUAGGCCUUUAGUAUAUUAUUAGAAUUUUGUUGAACCAAUUUGUGUAAUCAAAUAAUGUAAUUAAUAGUGAAUAUUGUGUUUUAUAAUUACAAUCAAAAUAUAUAUAUUUUUUAGAAAUCCUAUGAGUUCUUUUGUUUUUGAUUUUUUUUUUUUU